AUGUUCAAGUUUAUGUCCUGGAGCUUCGCAGACUAUGAAUCUCACCACACGAAACUAGCCGACACCCUACUGGAACGCGUCGCGAAUUGGUUGGUGAAUACCGCAUUGUUCGAGCAAGCGUGGACGCUCGUCUCGUUUGGCGGGAUGAACUGGUGGUGGAGUGAGCAGCUUUGCCUGUUCACAGUUGGAGCUUGGACUGUUUUCUUAUUCGAUCAAGGCUCUCGAUACAAAAUCAAACACGUAUGGGCGUACACUCUAUUGGGUCAACUCGUCGCGAUAUCCGUAGCUUCAAACCUCUUCGUACUCGCCAUCCUCGUCUCUCAACGCCCCGCAGACGAAGGCACAACGAAGCCCCAGCCAAACCCAAACUCUCACACUCGCACUCGCACACUCCCACCAGUCCUCUGGAUAAGCGUCCUAGUGGCAAUGGUGACCGUCUCCCUCAGUCCACUCACAGACAGUUCCUCGUUCCUACCCAACCUCCUCGCGAUGCACGCCCUCAUCACCAUCCCCCUUUUCUUCACCUCUGACCCACCCACAUCGCUUCCUCUGGACGCCAAUUCGGUUUACCUCCUCGUCUUCCUUUCGUCUAUCCCCGUCCGGUCUCGUAGUAUCCUCGCUGCGCUGGGAUCACUGCCUACGUUGGCGGCAUCAGGACAGCCCGAUACAACGCCGCUGGCGCUCUUUCGAGAAGCGUGGAAGACGCUGCAUUGGAACCCUGCCCAGUCGUCGAUUGGGUACGACGUGGUUUGGACGAGCGUAUCGUUUGUGGCCUAUGUGGCUCUGACCGAUCCCGACCUCUUGAAUGGGCGUAGCAGGUGGUACACCGUUCCCUACCUCGUUUUUGCCACACCUUUUGCGUCGGUGGGGGUUACGGCUCCAUACGUUCUUCGACCGCAGUUGGAGGAGGGUGAGGACGAUGAAGGUCUCAAGGAGGAGUGA